AUGGAAGAUAUGUGGAAAACCAGAAAGAGGCCAGUUCCUCUUGUUUAUGAAGAAAUAGAAAAACUUAAAGAUACAGAAUUACAAACGGAUCAAACUACUGAUUCUAAUACCUUAAGAGAUCAAAGAUUAUGGAGUUUAACAGAAAACUUUUCUGUGUUUUUGGACAGUAUUAAAAGACUAAGCAAACGAUUACUUGCCGAAAAGUCGACUAACCCAGAUGCAUCAUUGACAUUUGAUAAAGAUGACAUCGAUGCCAUAGACUUUGUAACAGCAACGUCUAAUUUACGCGCAAGAAUAUUUGGUAUUGAAGAAAAAACGCAAUUUCAAGUAAAAGCAAUGGCCGGUAAUAUUAUUCCAGCUAUUGCGACAACUAAUGCAAUUGUUGCUGGAAUGAUUGUGAUGCAGGCGUUCAAAGUUUUAAAUGGUGAUUUCAAUGAAUGCAAGACAGUGUAUUGUGCUCCGGAUAGACGGCCAAAAUCAAUUCUUUCAGAUUCUUUAAAUGAACCUAAUCCUGAUUGUUCAGUUUGUUAUUCUGCGCAUGUUACCUUGAACGUUAAUGUUGAGAAAGCAACCUUACGAGAUU